GAAUCUCCGAUGGCCCUGUUGCGUCCAACUUGGAGUGAUAAAUAUACGCGACUUACUGGUAGCACCAGGUAGGAGCUCCGGGUUGUUUGUAUGUAUCCAGUGGUAUCCCACCCACCCACAACAACUCACUUGUCACCAUGUUGAUAGGUCUUUGCGGCGGUAUUUGUGCUGGGAAGAGAACUGUCGCCACUUACCUAGCAGAACAUCAUGGAUUCACACACCUCUACCUUCGACCAGACAACUCAGUGGAAAGUGGAAACAAAGAAUCGCAAUCACCAGUGAAGAAUGGAGUGGCUACCAAGGGAGAAUCCAGGACUGAGGGCCGCGACUCAUCUCUACGGACAGUUCCACAGCAGAAAGAUGCCAGUGUAAACCAGCACCAGCACAUCUUCAAUACCACGGAAGAUCUCCUUGAUUUUGUUACGAAGAGAUGGCGCGAACGCUGGGUCACAACCGACAUCCACACAGAAUCCAUACUAGACAAACUCCUCAAGCGACCAUUUUUCAUCCUGGUCAGUGUGGAUGCACCAGUCAGUGUACGCUGGAAACGAUGUAACGCCCGUCUACAAACCACCCAGUCCUCUGCCACCACUCUCUCCCUUGAAGACUUCCUCCUCAAAUCAGACGAGCACCUCUACAACCCCGAAUCCGGUCUCCUCCCCCUCAUUUCUCGCGCAACGAUUCGACUACUAAACACCUCGAGCAACCUGGCCCACCUAUACGCAACGCUAGGAAAACUCGAUCUGACAAAUGAGGAUCGGUUGCGCCCCAGCUGGGACCAGUACUUUAUGGAACUGGCUUCGCUCGCUGCGCAGAGAAGUAAUUGCAUGAAACGCCGAGUGGGAUGUGUAUUGGUUCGAGAAAAACGAGUCAUCAGUACGGGAUACAAUGGGACACCAAGGGGUCUGAAGAACUGCGGGGACGGCGGCUGUGCUCGCUGCAAUGAAGGACUUGGCUCCGGGUUUGGCUUGGGAACAUGUCUAUGUCUCCACGCAGAGGAGAAUGCAUUGCUAGAAGCGGGACGAGAGAGAAUCAGAGAGGGUGCUAUAUUGUAUUGCGAUACUUGUCCCUGCUUGACAUGCAGUAUCAAGAUUGCUCAAGUCGGUAUAAGCGAAGUUGUUUAUAGUCAAGGCUAUAGUAUGGAUGGAGAAACGGCAGAUGUAUUCAAGCAGGCGGGUGUUAGAUUAAGGCAAUUCAUACCAGUAAGUGGUUCUCCGUUGCGGGUUUUGUAGUAGGUUGCUAACUCAUUUACAGCCUGCAAAUGGUCUGAUACACCUCGAGAAGCUGUCGCCCUACUAGUUCUGUCAAGAUUCUGUCGCGAAAUGAUACCCCCAUACACUUGUUGUCUGUAGUGUGAGCCAAAUUUAAGCUGAUGUUUAU